UUCUCUUUUUUCAUUGUCGCUUCAUGACUUAAUUCUGACCAAGGUUGUUAAUACUAUGCAGGCAACACUUGAUGAAUGUUUAUAUGAACUUGUUGGGGAACUGGUGAGAUUCUUACUGAGAUCUGGAAGGGAAUUUGAACCAGCAUCAACUGAUUCAGAAAAAUUAUCACCCAGAUUCUUGGGCUAUUUUAUUUUUUCUUCUAGUUACAGGAGGCCAUCUUUGGAUAAAAGCACCUCAUUCAAGGAGCAGAGUCCUAUUGUUGCUUUUGUUAAGAACAUUUUAGAAAGUCAUGCUAGCUAUUUGAUGUCGGGGAACGAACUUUCCAAGCUUGUUGCAUUUGUAAAAGGCACUCAGUUUGAUUUAGUGGAAUAUCUUCAACGAGAAAGAUAUGGUAGUGCCCGCUUAGAGAAUUUUGCUUCAGGGCUUGAACUAAUUGGGCAAAAGCUUCAAAUGGGUACGUUGCAGAGCAGGUUGGAUGCAAAAUUUCUCUUGGCUCAUAUGUGCUCUAUCAAGUUCAAAGAAUGGAUAGUUGUUCUUGCCACUCUUUUAAGACGAUCUGAGGUUCUUUUUGAUCUUUUCCAUCAUGAUACGAGGUUAUGGAAAGCAUAUGCAAUUACAUUACAGUCUCAUCCCAUAUUCGCUGAGUACCAAGAUCUGCUUGAAGCCUUGGAGGAGAGACUUACAUCUGUUGCCAAUAUGGAAGACAAAUGAAGAUGGUCUGCAACUUAAGAAGUGAAGCCUUAUGCUGUUUGACAACAGACGGGCUACCGAGAGUAUUUUUUCUAAUGAGACGUUCCCUUUCCGGUGAACGAGGAGUCAGUCGUCCAUUUCAACGGGUGAACCCAUAGUCUUUAUUCAAUGGAAUGGAAGUUACUGACCUGGAAAUCAAGAGAUGGGAAUGUCUUAAGACCUCCCCUUUUCAUCAGUCACAUAAUUGUUCUUGUAGAUAAGGAGGCCAAUGCAUAGUGAAAUGUUCCAGAGGAAUUUCUGUUUCAUUUCUCAUUCUUUUCAAAUUUUGUAUACUGGUAAUUGUCUGUAUAAAAUAUAAAUGAAAGCAAUUUGCCCAAAUAAAACCGCUAGGUUUAGGGUCUCGAACUGAAAA